AUGUCUGUUGUAGACUCUAACAAGGAUUUUAUCGCUCCAAAGAAAACAAGCGGGAUUAAGAGGAAGCGUCCAUCGACUGCAUCGCCAAGAACACCCAAGACACCACGAUCAGCGGAUGCUGGACCCGAUGGAGGCAGUGAAUAUUCAGACUUUGGCAGAAGGCAGUCUCGCAGGUUGCGGGGAAGGCAACCAGUGGAAGGAAGUGAUGUUGAUUUAGAAUAUUUGGAUAACAGCCUUGAUCACCAAGAUGUAGACUACAAACCAGUCAAAAGAACUCCCAGAGAAAACACCUUUGGAGCUAUACCAGGUAUUGAAAUUGGAACAUCAUGGGAGAUGAGAAUGGAGUGCUCUAGAGAUGGCGUACAUCGACCUACUGUAUCUGGUAUCCAUGGUAACGAUGAGGGUUGUUACUCAGUAGCAUUGUCUGGUGGUUAUGAAGAUGAUUUAGACAUGGGUGAAUGCUUUACAUUCACUGGACAGGGUGGUAGAGAUCUUCGAGGCACCAAGAACAAUCCUAAAAACCUGAGAACCGCUCCACAGUCUAAAGAUCAGUCCUUAGAAAGAGGUAAUCUAGCUCUUAGUAAGAAUGUUGAAACAGGAAAUCCUGUUCGUGUAAUCAGAGGUUACAAGUCAGAUAGUCCCUAUGCACCGGAGGAUGGCUAUCGUUAUGAUGGUCUGUACACUGUUGAGAAGUUUUGGUUCACCACUGGUCUGUCCGGGUUUGGUGUUUAUAAGUUUGCUUUCAAACGAUGUCCUGGUCAAGCCCCACCCCCAUGGGAGGUAGAUAGAGAUGAUGAUAAGAGAGAGAACGAGGAAUGUUCAUCAGACAGUGGGUUCACUGAACAUUCAGAGGGCGAUCAAGAUAAAGAGGUGGAUGAAGAAAAGAGAAAUGAUACCGCUGAGGAUGUUAGUGAACUUUCACCUGCCAGUAGUCCUCUAAGCUCUCAAUGAUUGGUCAAAUUGAUAUGAUGUCAUCAACUAUCAAAGCUCUGAUUGGUCAAUCAUUGCAUCAUUAUGGAGUUAGCAGCUGUGAUUGGUUCAUUCAUUGUGUAGAUUGAAUUGGUCAUAAUGUAUAUUGUUCUGAUUUACUACAUUGCAAAUGUUAAUUGUGCUCUUAUCAUUCUUAAUACUUGUUAAACACACCGAAACAACCUAAUUCAAUUAAUAGGAUGGAGUAUCCUGUCCUUUGUGCAUGAUCAUCAUAUUUUUGUUGAAGUUCAUGUAUUGCCUGUAGACAAAACUGUGUGCAGACUGGCUUGCCAUGAGCAUACGUGUAGAUGUAAUGCUUACCUGAUAGGUUAAAGGGGAAUCCAACCCAAAUAAAAACUUGUUUUUAUAAGAAAGAGAAAAAUCAGACAAGUUGAUAGGUGAAAGUUUGAACAAUAUUGGACAAACAACAAAAAAGUUAUGAAUUUUUAAAAGUUGUAAAUAUUGGUAAUCACUAUACCCAUGGAGACUUCAAAUUGGCCGCAUAUGGGAUGUCAUAGUGAUGUAAGGCAAGGACUACUCUUCUAUGUACUCCAAUACAUAUUAUGGCUAAAAUGUCCUUUUUCCCAAAAGUUUUAUUUCAAAUUAUAUUUUUCUUUCAUGAGGACAUAAAACAAUAUACUACCUGGGUUAUAUUUAGAUUACUGCCCCAGGGGAAUGGGUACUUAGGAGAAAACCACAAAUCCCUGAUAAUAAAGUACUUGGACUAUGGGAAAGUUGUCCUUGCCCCUUGUCAUAAUUUACUUACCCAGUUGCCAAUUUGAAAUCUACAUACUAUUAGUGAUCUCAAUUUUAAAGCAGCUAUAACUGUCUUAUUGCUUGUCCGAUUUCUUUCAAACUUUCACCAUUCUGUUUGAUUUAUUUUUCUCCUUCCCAACACAACAUUUUAUGGCCAAGGCUGGAUUCCCCUUUAAUGCAUUCUGGGGCCCGUAACUCAAAGCUUGGCGAUGAAUACCAAAUAUCAAAGAACACUUCUCAUUGGUUCAUAGCUGGCACUUUGAACCAAAAGCACAUGAAACAUUGAUCUUGAUUGGUCUAUCAAUUUAUCACUAUUAUCACUAAUCUUUGUGUUACGGACCCCAGAUCACCUUGUAGAUAACUUUAAUCUUGUCCACAGACUUCAGUCAUGCCAUGAAAGCUUUAAGCACACAACUUUUAAUUAAGUUUGUUAGCAUCUCCAGUGUUGUAUUUUCUUGUUUUCAGUACUUAUCUCAAGUAGCAUCAUCACUUGAUAUUGUCAAUCGAUCAUUCAAGCCUUUUUUCUACAUUAUUUUCACAGUGAAACUGGACAGUUGUCUGAAGGUCUUUAUUUUUUCUUUGAACCAGAUACUUAAACAUGCUAGUGAUUUCUUCAGAAUAAUUAUUUGAACCAAUUACAUUGAGGUUUGCUAUAAAGCUUUUCCUUUUCUUCUAGCCUUUCUCUGUGAAGAUCAAUGUAGUCUGCAUCUACUGAAGUCUAUAUCACUAUGUACGGUCUCAUGCAGAAUAUUAAGAUAAAAUCAUUUGACAGUCUUACUUUCUCCCAACAAUUUCCAAUCUUUUCAGAGUAUUUGUAAUGUCAGUGAGAAUAUGUUUUUGGACAUCAUUCAUUGAGAUCAUUUAUCAAGCUUUCUACAAUAUAUUCUACUCUUUAGGUUUUUGUUUUGUUAUGUAAUUAGUUUAUUUCUGGAAAAUAAAGGGAAAGAUUACCUUUGAUUUUAUUUCAUGAGAGAUUCAUGAUUUUUCUCACCUCCCCCAUGACUCUGUAUGAGAUGUUGGUCUUUAAGCUUUUGCACAGUUUACUGCCCUGAACUCACAAAAAUGUUUUUUAAUCAGUGAUAUGGUUUAUGCAGGUUUCAUCCUUAGUCACAUUUAAUUCAGCAUGUAUAUUGAUAAAGCGUUAACAAACGAAUGAAUGCUUUUGUAACAGAACUUUAAAUUGACACUUGUUCCUUACGUUGAUGUAUUAAUGAGCCAACUGAUUUUGGAAAUCAGUUGACACAAGCAGUGGAUUCAUUAAUUCAAAACAGUGGGCAAAUUAAAUAUAGUAACCUUAUUAACAAUCAUCUAUUUAGCGCGCUUUGAUAAUUGCACUGAAUAAAGCUUAAUCAAGGCAAGAAAUCUACAUAAAACAUGGUUUCAAACCACAGAUUCAAAACAACCUUUGUGAAUUUGGUCUGAUGUGUUCUGGCUUCAUUUUGGGUCUAGUCAGUGAAAUAUUUAUUAUUGUUGCCAUUGUUGUUGAUAUUAAAAAAAAAUAUUGUUGUUGCUGUUAUAUACCCCUGCCAAACAAAGUUUGAAGGGGGUAUAUAGGAAUCAGGCAAUCACGCAUCAAACUUCUUUAGUUUUUAACCAAACCUCAUGAAACAUGGAGCACAUUUUUCGCAUGUGUCAGAAAUUGUGUUUCCAUGGUAACGGUAUAUUUUGGCAAAAAUGAGGUAAAGCUCUUGCAGUUCAAUCUACUUCCUCAGUUUCUAACCAGUUCUCAUGAAAUUUGACACACACAUUGGUAUUGAUGUAAAGAUGUGCAAGACAUACUUUUUUGUGUGUCCAAAAUCAUGUUGCUAUGGUAAUAACAUUAUACGGCAAAAAUUGGGUAAAAAACUUUAAGUUGUAAUUAUUCAUCAAUUUUUGACUAAUUCCCAUGAAAUUUGGCUCACACAUUGGUUUCAAGGUAAAGAUGUGCGAGACACUUAUUUCGUGUGUCAGAAAUUGUGCUGCCAUGGUAACAAUAUAUUAGGGUAUGUCUAAAAAAUUAGGCCAAAACCUUGCGGUUCAAAUUACUUAUCAGUUUUUAACAAAUUCUCAUGAUACUGUGCUCACACAUAGGUCUUUGGGUAAAGAUGGGCAAGACAUAUUUUUUUCCAUAUGUCGGAAACUGUUGCCAUGGUAACAGCAUAGGGCAGGGGUAUCAAUCACGUUCAGUGAUGGUCUUAGUUUUUCUGGGGGGGUAGAUUUUUUUCCAUCUUCAUAAAUGCAUUGUUAUUACAAAGGGGAACUAUAUCUUGUACUUUUUAGUAUUAGUCACUUUAAUCAUGAAAGUGACAAAAAGAAUUAAAGCAGUAAGUAGUUAUGCAGGAUUUAGAUCUGGAUAGUGUCUGACUGGGGUGGACAGAUUAACCUCACACUCGGCAAAUUCACCCAUUUCAAAAUAAGGUUUUAUUGAUAAAAUAUUUCUUAUAUUUAAAGCAAGUUCAUUUAUAUGUGAAUGCCACUGGUUCUGCAUUAAGAAUUUAGAAUGUUGUUAUUACUUUGUUUGUAUAACUGACCCCAAAUUUUUCUCUUUUUGAAGAUUGUGUUUUUCUAUGUGUUUUUUAAAAAUGUGUGUAGAUGUUUGUAUUCAUUCAGCCAGCUAACCAUUCACUGCCAGUUUGGUUUUAUAUUCAUGUCUUCCAGUAUUGUGAGAAUUGUGGAUAUGAUCUAGUCUAAUGAGAACAAGGAGGAAUAAGUCCUUUUAGCUCUUACAAGAUAAUGUAACAUGUUAUGUAUAUAUAUUGUAUAUAGCUGUAGUUUUACUCUAGUAUGUAUGCCCAAGUAUUACUAGAUAGUAUUAAAAGCAGUUGAUAACAUAGAAAUUCAAACAGUUUUUAUUUACCUCUCUUUUUUGAUGAAUAACAUGAUUUUUUUAAAUACUAUUUUGUGGUUGCAUUGAGCAUGACACUACAUCACUGUCACUCUACUCUUUCCUCCACACAAGACAACCCAUUCAUGUUUCUGUCUGCAUCACGUGCUAUUCUUGUCCAAUGUAAAUGAUUAUUAUUUAGAUUUAGGGUUUUAGAGGUGCAGAUAUUUUUUGACGUCUUGCGAGGUUGUUUCGAGGAGACAAAAUGUUGAAAUUAUUUUUUAACGUGCAUGCCUAUGCAAACCGUCUAAUAUUGAAAAUAUUGGACGAAAUGAAUAUUUUGCCCCACCCACAAGAUUAUCAUUGUUUAAUAAUAUAAAUGAUUGUGUGCAUGAAGCUAUUGUAACGUCACAACAAAAUUGCAUUGCAUAUUAGUUGCACUUUUCAUAAUUAUGCAGACGACGCGACGCACGCUACAGCUACAUGUAAUUUAUGUGAGAAUUUUACGUACAAUGCAAUGCAUGUGUGUGAAUUUGUUUACGUACCGGUACCGUACACUAGGCCUACUACUAUAAACAAACAUUUCUUUAUUAAUUUAUGUUUAGCUUUGUGGGGGUAUCUAAAUAAUAAUAAGAAUAUUGGAUGACCAAUUUUCGUGGGAUGCGUAGAAUAGAACAAUAUUGGAUUCAUCUUCGACUCGUCCAAUAUUGUUCUUCAGCUCGUACUAUAUUUUAACGCAUCCCACUCAAGGCCAUCCAAUAUUCCCUAAAUGUCUGUAUUUAUCUUAAAGGAUACUUUUGUCUAGAUUAUAGGGUGGGAUUGUUCUAUUGUUGAUGCAUCUUAUCUCUUGAUGAUCUUCUAACAGCUGAAUAAUUCUUAAGAAAAUGAAGAGUACUAAAUCACAAAAUUAAUUUUGUCUUUGUAGGUCACCAAUGAACUUUAAUAAUUGCAAGAUGUUUUUUAAAAUGAUAUUCAUUGACUGGGUAUAGUUUGUUUUAUCUUCUAGUGUUAGAUUUUUGUCUCACCUGCAUAGCAGAGUGAGACUAUAGGCGCCGCUUUUCCGACGGCGGCGUCAACACCAAAUCUUAACCUGAGGUUAAGUUUUUGAAAUUUCAUCAUAACUUAUAAAAUAUAUAGACCUAGUUCAUGAAACUUAUACAUAAGGUUAAUCAAGUAUCACUGAACAUCCUGCUUGAGUUUCACAUCACAUGACCAAGGUCAAAGGUCAUUUAGGGUCAAUGAACUUUGGCCGAAUUGGGGGUAUCUGUUGAAUUACCAUCAUAACUUUGAAAGUUUAUGGAUCUGAUUCAUGAAACUUGGACAUAAUAGUAAUCAAGUAUAACUGAACAUCCUGUGCAAGUUUCAGGUCACAUGAUCAAGGUCAAAGGUCAUUUAGGGUCAAUGAACUUUGGCCAAAUUGGGGUAUUUGUUGAAUUACAGCCAUAAAUUUGAAAGUGUGUUGGUCUAGUUCAUAAAACUUGGACAUAAUAGUAAUCAAGUAUUACUGAACAUCCUGUGCGAGUUUCAGGUCACAUGAUCAAGGACAAAGGUCAUGUAAGGUCAAAGAACUUUGGCCACGUUGGGGGUAUUUGUUGAAUUGCCAUCAUAUCUCUAUAAGUGUAUUGGUCUAGUUCAUAAAACGUGGAAAUAAGAGUAACCAAGUAUCACUGAACAUCUUGUGCGAGUUAUAGUAGUUUUCAAAAUCAGCACUGCUGCUAUAUUGAAUCGCGUGAUGCAGGUGAGACGGCCAGAGGCAUUCCACUUGUUAGUUAUUUUGAUUAUGUCUGGGUAGAAAUGUAGUCAUAUAGUUGAAAGACUUUGAAGCAAUUUCAUCAGGUCUGUUUGGAUUAUCAUGGUGCUUAAAUUGAUUAUCAGUACUAAUUUGAAAGAGUGAAGAAUUUCUUGAAAAAAAGGUAGUUGUAGUAAAACAUUGUAUUCUGGCUGUUUCAGAAUUGAUAUUGGUCAAAGGAAAUGAAGUUUUAAUUCUAAUUUAAUUGGGCUAUUUCAAAACAGUAUAUACUCGGCUGCUAAUUGCACGAUUGCCGCAAAAAUUUGCACGCGCAUAGAGCCUCAUUUUAACUAAAAGUCUGUAUAGUAAAAUUUUUAAAUUGAUAAUGCAAAUAAGCAUAUGAUUUUUCCUCUUAAUGUGUUUUGGUUGUAUGUUUUUGCCUUGUACUCACUAGAAGAAUGCUUAUUUCUGGUGAAAAUAUCAAUUAUUACAUUUCUUACAAAUAUCUACAAAAAAUUGCGAAAACAUUUUUGAUAUUUUAUUGUCUUUUUUAAAUUCUUAUCUAUUUGUUUGUCUUUUUGAACCUUUGUUUUUUUAUUGUUUUUUCAAUGAACUUUGACAGGAAACCUUAUACGAUCAUAAAUAGCAUAAAAAACGAUCCAUUUAAACCAGCGAAAGUAAAAAUAAUCAUGCCUUUAUGAUUUUUGGUUGAAAACUCAAUUUGCAUCGACUUUGUACACACAAUCACAUUUUGAGCAAUUUUGGGUCCGACAUAGACUACAAAAUGUGGUGUAAAUUUGGUUUCAAAAGAUGCCAAAGAAUUGCAAGUAAGAAGUCAGCGAGCAGUGUGGUCUUAAAAUUUUGUGUGGCGGUGUGGUGACAAAAUUUGUCAAGUUAACUUAGCGUCAAGACAAGCAAAUAUAAAAGAUUUUGUAAGAUUUCAAUAGUGAUGUAAAUGAUCUAGUUGCCAAAAUUUGUUCUUUAUGUGCCAAUUAAUGUUAACUCAUUUUUAAGAGACUGUUGAAAUACAACAUGCAAGUAGUAUUCAUACUUGUCAAAUUCCUUAAAUGGUUUGACUGAAGAAGAAUUGUAUGUACAUGUACAUUAAGAACAUUGAUGCUUUUGAAAAAAAAUCCUUAUUUGGGAUUUUAGAAUUUGCCAGAGCCAAUGAGGUUUUCCAUUUUCGAAUUGAAUUUUCAUUCAUCAUUAUGUAAAGAUCGGCCAUGUUUGCCAUUCAGAAAGGUGUUGAUUUAAUGAUGUUGAAAUUGUUUCUAAAUUUUCAUUUGACAUCAUACAGCCCAGUUCUGUUUCAAUAAUGAUGUGUAAUUCUCAGUACUGAAGGAUGUUAAGAUUCUCUGUUUUGUUGUUGUUUUUUAUUCUAUGACAAUCUUUUAGACUUUGUCUGCAGACAAAAUUGUUGUUUCCUAAGACUAGUAAAGUGCAUUAAUUUAUGCUAAUUACAAAUUUUUGCUGCAUGUAUGUAGCAUGGCUUAAUUUUGUAUACAUGUUUGCUCCCAAGCAAAUGACCAAUGAUGAACAAGUACUUUUAUGAUUACCCUUUUUUAACAUUUAUUUUUUAACUUUUUUUAAAUCUCCAGUAAUUCAAUAUGGAUGAUUUACGCAAUGUUUCUAUCUUUGAUAAUAAAUGAUUCAGUAAUUGUUAAA